AGAUCAUAAUUAAAAUUACUGAUCAAAAUGAUAACAAACCAGAGUUCACGAUGAACACCUUUCUUGGCAGAAUAAGCGAGGGAUCACCAGUAGGAGCUGUAGUUAUGAAGGUGACGGCUACAGAUAAAGAUGACGGACAAUGGUAUAGUUGGGUAUUCCAUUCUAAACCAAGAACCUAAAGAACCCCACUCCCCCAUGUUUUCCAUUAACAAGUCUGGAACCAUUAAUGUGGUUGCAACUGGGCUGGAUAGAGAGAAAGUAUCUGAAUAUAAAUUGAUCAUCCAGGCUGCAGAUUUGGAGGGUCAUUGUCUCUCAGCCACUGCCACAGCUGUCAUUACUGUAACAGAUAAGAACGGCCAUGCUUCAGCUGCACGGUCAGUCAGGGCUGUGGACACUAUGAAAGGCAUUCCUGCCAGUAACCUGAGGAUCACUGUAUUCAAACUAGAGGAUUCUGGCUACAAACUGAAACGGAGAGAGAUGAGCACAGGGCUGACUAGCGCUGAGGGACAGUUUGCCAUCUCAAACUCUCUUCCCUCCCCGGGAGAGUACGUGGUGCGGAUGGAGAGUGGAGCUUACUGGAAACAGCAAGAGAAGAGCUUCUUUCACCUGUAUGUGGAGAGUACCUUCACUGUUGCAGAUUCACAUCAGAGGUAUUGCAUCUCUGCUUUCCUAGCCCCCUUUGCUUACAGCACUUAUGAAGCAUGCUAAAACAGAUGUUUUUAAAUACUGUUUUUUUUAAUUCUACUUUAAACUAAUGUAAUCUGAUAUGAUGAGCCACACUUACAGUUGGAUUUAAAAAACAAUAAAAUAAAUAUUUGAACUA